AUGAGGCAUGAGGUCCAGAAGGAGGAGAGGAGGGGGAGGUGGAGGAGGGGGAGGUGGAGGAGGGGGAGGUGGAGGAGGUGGAGGAGGAGGAGGGGGAGGUGGAGGAGGGGGAGGUGGAGGAGGUGGAGGAGGAGGAGGGGGAGGUGGAGGAGGGGGAGGUGGGUGGAGGAGGAGGAGGAGGAGGAGGAGGAGGAGGUGGAGGAGGUGGAGGAGGUGGAGGUGGAGGAGGUGGAGGUGGAGGAGGUGGAGGUGGAGGAGGUGGAGGAGGUGGAGGUGGAGGAGGUGGAGGUGGAGGAGGUGGAGGAGGUGGAGGUGGGCGUAGGUUGGCGCUGGUUGGCACAGGUUGGUGCAGGUUGGUGUAGGUUGGUGCAGGUUGGUGUAGGUGGGCGUAGGUUGGCGCUGGUUGGCACAGGUUGGCACAGGUUGGCGCAGGUUGGCGCUGGUUGGCGCAGGUGGUGGGACAUGAACGGACUCCAGGACAUGAACAAGGACAAGUGUGGCAAAGGCCUCCUACCGCUCCCUUUGAAGAGAGAGCUCAUGGUCACUUUAGAGGCAGCGUUCAGUCAGACCUCAGACACAGGGCUGGACUCAUGGUCUUCAGCAAACCUGGCCUGA